AUGUUAACCAAAAAGAAUGAAUUAUUCAUAACUCCCCCCAAUCCUCCCACAUCAUUAUUUGAAACACCCGGAUCUAAUCGAUCCCUGUUUUUCAAUUUUGAUAAAUCACACAAUCAGCCAGGGUCAUCAUCUUCGAAAGAUUUACUACGAAAUUCAAUGAUGAGUCAAUCGAUAGAACCAUUGACUCCUGCUGAGAAAUUGAGAUUAUGGAGACAUGAUGCCUUGAUGCAACAUCAUUAUAAAACUGCCGAAGUGAUUGGUGAUAAAGUAUUGGCAUUAACUGAUGAUCCAAAUGAUGCGUUUUGGUUAGCAGAAGUCUAUUUUAACAGUGGGAAUUAUUUACGAGCUAAGCUGUUAUUAAUUUCUAAACCAGAAUUUGAAAAAUCAGUUAGUUGUCGUUAUUUGGCAGCAUAUUGUUUAAUAAAAUUAGAACAAUGGGAUGAAGCAUUAGAUUUAAUUGGAGAAUCAAAUCCAUUUAAGAAAGAUGAUCAAAUAAGGAAUAGUGAUGGAGGGAUUAAGUUAGAAGCUUCAAUGUGUUAUUUACGAGGGUUGAUAUAUGCCAAUCAAAAUAAUUUUGAAAGGGCGAAAGAAUCAUAUAAAGAAGCAGUUAUGGUCGAUGUGAAAUGUUUUGAAGCAUUUGAAGAAUUAAUUAGUAAUAAUUUAAUGACACCGAGUGAAGAAUGGGAAUUUAUUCAAGGGUUGAAUUAUCGAGAUGCUGAUGAUAAUGAUGAAUUGAUUAGAUUAUUGUAUACAACAAGAUUAAGCAAAUAUCUUAAUGUUAGUAAAUUUAUUGAAGCUGAACAUAUUUUGAAAGAAGAAUAUAAUUUAGGUGAAAAUUGUGAUAUCUUAUUGAGCAGAGCCGAUUAUUUAUAUAUUCAAUGUAAUUUUGAUGCCUGUUUAUCAAUUUGUGAAAAGAUUUUAACUAAAGAUCCAUAUAAUUUUGAUGUUAUACCAAAUUAUUUAAGUUGUUUAUAUGAAUUGGGAGGUAAGAAUAAAUUAUUUUUAAAAGCCCAUCAAUUAGCCGAGAAUCACCCAACUAAUCCAAUGACUUGGCUUGCAAUUGGAACCUAUUACCUUUCCAUUAAUAAGAUUAUCGAGGCAAGAAAAUUUUUCAGUAAAGCUACUUUACUUAAUCCUAAUUUUGGUCAAGCUUGGAUAGGAUUUGCCCAUACAUUUGCUGCCGAGGGAGAACAUGAACAAGCAAUAAGUGCAUAUGCAUUUGCCGCUAGAUUAUUUCCAGGAACUCAUUUACCUAAUUUAUUUUUAGGAAUGCAACAUUUACAAAUGAAUAAUUUAAAUCUUUCUGAAGAAUAUUUAUUAGCAUCAUAUCAUAUUUGUAAUAGUGAUCCAUUAUUAUUGAAUGAAUUAGGAGUAAUUAAUUUUCAUAAGAAUCAAUUUGAUAAGGCAGAGAUUUUUUUCAAAGAGGCAUUGUAUGCCGCCAAAUAUUUGAAUUCUGAUAGUAAGACUUGGAUAUCUAUACAUGCAAAUUUAGGACAUGUAUAUCGAAGAGCUAAUCAACCAUUUAAAGCUCUUGAAUGUUUCAAUCAAGUGUUAAAGAUUAGUAGUAAAAAUGAUUCAAAUAUUUUAGCAGCAAUAGGAUUAAUAUAUUUAAAACUUGGUAAUAUAGUGAAAGCUAUUGAUAUCUUACAUGAUGCAUUGGCUAUUUCACCAUCUGACCCAGUUGCGAAUGAUUUAUUGAAGCGAGCUUUGGAUGCCAAUAAAGAUAACAAUGGAUCUUUCUUAGAGGGAGCUGGUGCAAGAGUGGAUGCUAGUUUACCAAUGCUAUUGAAUAGACAUCGUGGGAAAGAACAACAUCAGAGUAGUACAAGAUUUUUAACUCCAUUAACGACUAAGACGAGAAUGUUAAAUCAAGGGGUGGAAGGUAGUUCAAGUAAACAACAAAGUAAAGUUGAUAAAUUCGACUUUGAAGGUAGUAGUGGUGAUAUUGAUCAAUUUGCUGAAGAGUUAAGAAGAGGAGAAGAAUCAAGUGAUGAAGAUGAUGAAGUUAUGGAUAUCGAAAGUGAUUAA